AUGGCGACUUGUCCAUCGACCAACACUGCGAACACCGAACAAGAUGAUUUCUGGUCCGGCGGGACGUUCCACUGGGAUGCACACCGCAUUGGCUGGACUGUGAGCGGCGCUUGUGCAGCCGUGGCGACACUGCUCAGCUUGCUCAAUGCUUAUCUGCAUGCUGCAAACUUCACGUGCAAGGCAGAGCAAAGGCAGAUCAUCAGAAUCGUCAUGAUGCCGGCGGUGUAUGGCAUCAUUGCCUUCUUCAGCUAUCGCUUCUUCCGAGCGUACACGUACUAUUCCCUGACAGAGACAGUCUACGAAGCGCUGGCUCUGGGUGCCUUCAUGUUGCUCCUGGUCCAGUACAUUGGUUCGGAUCCGGAGAGGCAGAGAGAAGCGCUUGCGAGCAAGGAGAAGCGAAAGGUGCCAUUUCCGCUGUGUUGCUUCCGCAUGCGACCCUCGAAGCCCUACUUCAUCUAUACCGUCGUCUUCAUGGUGCUGCAAUACUGCUUCGUCAGACCGAUACUCACGAUCGUCGGCAUCAUCUGCGAGGCCUACAAUAUCCUCUGCAUUGGCACUUACAGCGUGCAUUUUGCCGCGGUCUACAUCGACGCAAUCGACUUUGUCAGCAUCUCGAUCGCCCUCGAAGGUUUGAUCAUAUUUUACGCAAUCACGAAAGAUCAGCUGCAAGGCCGUGGCCCGCUCAGGAAAUUCCUCUCGUUGAAGGCAAUCGUAUUCUUCACCUUUUACCAAUCAUUCGUGUUCAGCAUCCUCAGCGAUCACGGUGUUCUCAAGGCAACAGAGUACUACACGACGACCAAUAUAGCCGAUGGCCUCAACGCGCUCGCUACCUCGAUCGAGAUGGUCGUCUUUGCCCUCUACAACUUCUGGGCGUUCAGACAUACCGAGUAUGCUCGACUGCGUGGGAAACAAGAGCAUCAUACCAGUGUCACAUCAGCAUUCCUCCUGGCAUCGAACCCGUCAGACUACUUUGCCUACACCUGGAUCUGCCUCAAAUUCUUCGGCAAUGCCAUGGGCGGCCAGUCGAGCAGCCUCUCGAAAUCAGGUCUUGAUUCGGAUCAGCAUACUAUCGCAUCUGCUUUCCAGGUCGAAGGCGCUCAGCCAAGGCGCGCCUAUGCAUCGUACGGUGAAGAGGUGGAAGAGCUCGAUGAGACAAAGUCGCUGCAGUCUAUGCAGACCCAUCAGACUCAAGCAACUUCAGCAUACGAUAGACCGUUCAGUGCGACUUCGCAUACCCCCUACAAAGUGCCGCAAUCGUCAUCUGUGCCAUUACAGUCUCGCCAAUGA